CUCCGCCCCAUCUCCUAGCUGCCUCCCUCCCCCUUCCCUUCCUUUCCCCCGGCCGCGCACCCCCUCCUCCCUCCUCUUCUCCAAUCUUCCCCCACCCGGUUGGUGGGCCCCUCCCGCCGCGACUGGCUGGGAGGCCUGGCCGCCCCCGCCCCGAGAGGGAGGCGGGGGCUCCAGCCGCGGCGGCCACCCGAGGCUUCAGUGGGGAACGAGAUCCCAGGCCCCGAGGCGGCCCUUCAUCUGGACCGGGCACGCGGGGGCUGCCUCUGCACCCCCAGCCGGGGCCUGGCCUCGCCGCGGGGUGGAGGAGCCUCUUCGCCCUGAGCCGUCCUGACCACGUGGGGAGGCCCGCCUGCAGCCCUUCAUGUGCGCGCCCGGCUGACCUGCGGGUGGGCCGCGCUGGAGCCUGGGCGCCGCGGGGGCGGCGGGGUCAUGGCCUCGCUGGACCUCCCAUACCGCUGCCCCCGCUGCGGGGAGCACAAGCGCUUCCGCAGCUUGUCGUCGCUGCGGGCGCACCUGGAGUACAGUCACACGUACGAGACGCUCUACAUCCUCUCCAAGACCAACAGCAUCUGCGACGGCGCUGCCGCAGCGGCUGCGGCCGCCGCCGCCUCGGGUUUCCCGCUGUCACCAGAGCCCGCCGCCCUGCUGGCCGUGCCCGGCGCCCGGCGCGAGGUCUUUGAGAGCACGUCCUUCCAGGGCAAGGAGCAGGCGUCCGGGCCGUCGCCCGCAGCGCCACACCUGCUUCACCACCAUCACCACCACGCGCCCCUCGCCCACUUCCCCGGCGACCUCGUGCCCGCCAGCCUGCCCUGCGACGAGCUGGCUGAACCCGGCCUCGUGCCCGCCGCCGCCGCGCGCUACGCGCUGCGUGAGAUCGAGAUUCCGCUGGGGGAGCUGUUCGCCCGCAAGUCCGUGGCCUCGUCGGCUUGUUCGACGCCCCCGCCCGGGCCGGGCCCCGGGCCUGCGUCCGCCUCGCCCGCGUCCCCUUCUCCCGCCGAUGUGGCUUACGAGGAGGGUCUGGCGCGCCUCAAGAUCCGCGCGCUGGAGAAGCUGGAGGUGGACCGGCGGCUGGAGCGGCUGAGCGAGGAGGUGGAGCAGAAGAUCGCUGGCCAGGUGGGCCGGCUGCAGGCCGAGCUGGAGCGCAAGGCAGCCGAACUGGAGACUGCGCGGCAGGAGAGCGCACGGCUGGGGCGAGAGAAGGAGGAGCUGGAGGAGCGCGCUUCCGAGCUCUCCCGCCAGGUGGACGUGAGUGUAGAGCUCCUGGCCUCCCUCAAGCAGGACCUGGUGCACAAGGAACAGGAGCUGAGCCGAAAGCAGCAGGAGGUGGUGCAGAUCGACCAGUUCCUGAAGGAGACGGCGGCCCGGGAGGCCAGUGCCAAGCUGCGGCUGCAGCAGUUCAUCGAGGAGCUCCUUGAACGGGCUGACCGUGCGGAGCGCCAGCUGCAGGUCAUCAGCAGCAGCUGUGGCAGCACGCCUAGUGCCAGCCUGGGCCGUGGAGGUGGGCCCGGCGCCCGGGGCCCAGGCAGGUCGCGAGAACACCAUGCAGGCCCGGCCAUGCCUAGCACAUACGCAGUGUCACGGCAUGGCUCCUCUCCCAGCACAGGGGCCUCCAGUCGCAUUCCAGCUGCAUCCCAGAGCUCAGGCUGCUAUGACAGUGACAGUCUGGAGCUGCCCCGGCCAGAAGAGGGGGCUCCUGAGGACAAUGGCCCUGGGGGCUUGGGCGCAAGCCAAAGGGCUGCCAAUGGUGGCUCAGAGCGGGCCCAGCCCCCUCGCAGCUCAGGCCUGCGGCGCCAGGCCAUCCAGAACUGGCAGCGCAGACCCCGCCGACACAGCACAGAGGGGGAGGAGGGUGACGUCUCGGACGUGGGCUCCCGAACCACCGAGUCAGAGGCUGAGGGCCCCUCGGAUGUGCCCCGCCCUGGGCCUGCUGUGGCUGGGCCACCGAGCAGCUGCCGGCUCUCAGCCCGCCCUGAGGGAGGCAGCGGGCGCGGAGGUCGGCGAGCUGAGCGGGGCAGCCCCUCUCGCUCCAACGAAGUCAUCAGCCCGGAGAUCCUCAAGAUGCGAGCUGCCCUGUUCUGCAUCUUCACCUACCUGGACACACGCACACUGCUGCAUGCUGCUGAGGUCUGCCGGGACUGGCGCUUCGUGGCCCGCCACCCCGCUGUCUGGACACGGGUGCUACUUGAGAAUGCCCGCGUCUGUUCUAAGUUCCUGGCAAUGCUGGCCCAGUGGUGCACCCAGGCCCACUCACUAACAUUGCAGAACCUGAAGCCCCGGCAGCGGGGCAAGAAGGAGAGCAAGGAGGAAUAUGCCCGGAGUACCCGGGGCUGCCUGGAAGCAGGGCUGGAGUCCCUGUUGAAGGCGGCAGGGGGGAACCUGCUGAUCCUGCGCAUCUCCCACUGUCCCAACGUUCUCACUGACCGUUCACUCUGGCUGGCCAGCUGCUACUGCCGUGCCCUGCAGGCUGUCACCUACAGGAGCGCAACAGACCCCGUGGGCCAUGAGGUCAUUUGGGCCUUGGGCGCAGGCUGCAGAGAGAUUGUCUCCCUCCAGGUGGCACCACUUCACCCCUGCCAGCAGCCCAUGCGCUUCAGUAACCGCUGCCUGCAGAUGAUCGGUCGCUGUUGGCCCCACCUCCGAGCCCUGGGGGUUGGGGGCGCUGGCUGUGGGGUUCAGGGCCUGGCAUCACUUGCGAGAAACUGCAUGCGGCUGCAGGUCCUAGAGCUGGACCAUGUGUCGGAGAUCACCCAGGAGGUGGCCGCUGAGGUUUGCCGGGAAGGCCUGAAGGGACUGGAAAUGUUGGUGCUCACAGCCACCCCCGUCACUCCCAAGGCCCUGCUGCAUUUCAACAGCAUUUGCCGGAACCUCAAGUCCAUUGUGGUCCAGAUUGGAAUUGCUGAUUAUUUCAAAGAGCCCAGCAGUCCUGAGGCCCAGAAGCUGUUCGAGGACAUGGUAACAAAACUCCAGGCCCUACGACGGAGGCCCGGCUUCUCUAAGAUCCUGCACAUCAAGGUGGAAGGCAGCUGCUAACCCGGGUUGGGGGCGGCAGGGCCUCUGCCAACCCCACACCAGGGCACUCUCUUUGGAUCUCCAGAGGGACCUUGAUUUGGAAUGGACCUUUGGAGGCCUAGUGUUAUUCCUGGCUUCCAGGGAGGGGAGGACAGUCUCCUGUCCACCUCCUGGGACAGUGGAACAACAAGCCUGAUCCUGGGCACUGCCUCUCCAUGGCAGGGGCUCAGACAGAAGCUGCCCUCCAGCCCCUACCCCACCCCCAGUUGGAGCAGCCUUCUGAGCACAGCCAGCGAAGAGCUGAGUCACCACCAGCAGCACCUGGUGUCAUUGUCCCAAGGAUCUGCAAUAACCACCCAGUGGCUCCUCAGCUACUCAGGCUGCGGGGGAAGCUUCCACUUCCUGGGGCACAGCCUUCUAUUCAGGGGCCUCUGCUAGGCCCCCGACCAGAGGGGGCUCCACAAGGCAGCUCAGAGUUGGAAAGGAGGGCCCUUCUCCUUCCUCUGUCCCACCCCUCUGCAGGGCUACUCCUUCAGACAGCUCGCCUAGGCUUGGGUCCACAUUCUCCAGGGACAACACCCUAGGGGCCCAAAAGUAGGGGGCAGGGUGCGGUGAGGUAAUGGGAGUGAGCUU